CGACGGCGCGGCUUAAAAGGAAGGCGCCGGGCAGCCCACAUCCCAAAGCGUCCGAGAUCAUGGCGCUCCUCUCCGCGCCUAGCCUGCCCUCCUUCGCCUCCUUCUGCAGGGACAGCCGCCCGGCCCACCAACGCUGGAGCUGCGGGCUGCCCGCGGAGAAGCUACUCUGCGGCGGAGACCUCUGCUGCCCUCCCGGGCCGGGCCUGGACGGGCUAUGCCCGCCGUCGAAGGACGACGACGACCUCAAUCACGUCCUGGACUUGAUUCUCUCCAUGGGCAGCGGCGCAGACGGAGGGCCUUUCGGCCCCGAGAGCGGCGCGCCCCGCGGGGAUUACGGCGCCGGACGGGAGCCCUUCUACGAGCUGAGCCCUUCGCCUGACGGCUGCGGCGGCGGCUACGAGCCGAUGGAGCGGGGCAGCCCUCCGCCCUACGGCGCUGCCUUCCUGCCCGAACUGGAUGCUGCCCCCUAUGCGCCUUUCCCGGGGGGCGCCGCCAGCUUCAUCCAGGGCCGCUUCUUCGUCACGUCGGCGUUCGCGGAGGGGCCCAAGCCGGAGAUGUCGUGGCCACAACCCUGCGCGCAGAUCAAGCAGGAGGGCGCUAGCCCCACGCCCUGCAUGCUGGCUGCCUCUCCGCCGCUCCCGGGGGCAGAGACCCCUCCGCUCAGCCCCGACGACCUCUUGGCAGCAGCCGCCGCCGUCGAGUGCCAAGCCCCUCUCGGGCGCCACGCGCAGCCCCCCUACCCGGCGCCCUUCGCCCACCCUCUCCACUACCACCAGCACACAUCGCAGCAGCAGCAGCAGCAGCAGAGCGCGCCGCCCGCCUUCGGCUUCUUCGACGACAGCCUGCCUUGCCCGGCCUCUGCCCCGAGAGGGCUCCUCACGCCUCCCUCGUCGCCGCUGGAGCUGCUGGAAGCCAAACCCAAGCGCGGCCGCCGCUCCUGGCCGCGCAAACGGACUGCUACCCAUACCUGCACAUACGCCGGCUGCGGAAAGACUUACACCAAAAGCUCCCACCUGAAGGCUCACCUGCGCACCCAUACAGGCGAGAAGCCCUACCAUUGCAACUGGGACGGCUGCGGCUGGAAGUUUGCGCGUUCCGACGAGCUCACGCGCCACUACCGCAAACACACCGGGCACCGGCCCUUCCAGUGCCACCUCUGCGACCGCGCCUUCUCCCGCUCCGACCACCUGGCGCUGCACAUGAAGAGGCACAUGUAGAGAGAGAGGGAGAGGGAGAGGGACUCUCCAGGACUUAGUCGGGAUCUUGUAGCUGGUACUACGUCCGCCUGCGCCUGGGAUGACGAGCGGGGAGGGAAAGGCAUGAAUUGGCCCUUGUGGUAGCGAGCAGGAGACAGGGGGGCUGCGGCUAGCGCCUCUCUCCAGGAGGCUGCGCGAAAACCUGACAGGCUGCUCUCUGCCCCCAACCCCGGGAGGGAGAAUAUGGGACUGGACUUAUAGGUCUCUUGAGCAGGAGACGAAAGGGCCGACCGGGUGUAAAUAGUGGAUCUGCGGCCGCCCAGAAGAUCAGCUGGAACGGAAGGCUUGGCUUGAGGAUCGCGCAGAGGCAGGAGACGCCUCGCGCUAAACGCUCCCAGCUGCCUUAACCUACACUAGAGCUCCUAACGAGGCUUGAGGCUUCUUGUGAAGAAACGACCUUUUUUAUAUAAAAAAAGAAAGAAAAGAAAAUAUAUAUGUAUAAAUAAUGUUAAUAGUUUUAUACACAAGUGUUGGGAGGAUACAAGCGAAAGACGAAAUGGGCACGUUUAUUGCCCAUGUCCACUUUUUUUUAAAUGAAAACUUUUUAUAAAAUAUAUCUAUUAAAGAUUUUUUUUCUAAAAUAAGCCUGAUUCUUUCAUCUAAAAAUCUUUUUGGCCUGGAGGGGAUGGGGGAAGGCAGGUGCAAGCCCCGGGCGCGAAAAGAUGGUUGUUUCUGUUGUGAUUUCUUGGCCCAUAACCUUACCUACCCCCUCCCAGCUCCCCAAAAAUCCUAUGCCUGCCCCCCCCCCCGCCCUCAGCGCGUAAGAAAUAGACCCAGGCACGGACCGCAGCAGGGCAAAUGCUUUGCAACAGAAACGGCUCUCUAGUUCAAAAGCAAUCCAAGGCUAUAAUCUGAGUCUCAUUUUUAGUUCACUCGACAGCUAUUUCGGGAGCGCCCUGAAAUCUCUUCCAGAUGCUGCGGCAGAUGUGCCCGCGGCCGAGCUCUGUGGGCAAGCUGGUUUUGCGCGUGUGUGGGUAUUUUUAAUGUGAAACGUAAACACGGCAUGUCAGUAAUUGCAGAGUCCUUUUUUGAAGGGGGGGAUGCAGGACUGCUGCUGCUGUUCCCCAAAAGCUUGGGGGGUGUGUGGAUGGAGACGUUGGAACAGGGCACGUUAGUUUCUUCGCUAACUAGAGCUUUAAAUGCGCCCGCUUGCGGUGCGUACAAACUGCGUGAGAGAGGCGCAUCUUCCUCCACGCGCCUGAGGGUCAUUCUCUGACCCUCUCUAUCGCAUCUCUGCAAAUUAACCCCCGCCAUUUCCCUUCCAGGGGAGGUAUCUGAACACUUUGCGAUUGCUGGGCUCGCAAUUUCCACAGCCCCAUUAAGAACAAAACAAAAACGGGGUGAAGCGGCGGGGCUGCACAGAUUUUUGCAAAAACAACCGCCACCAAACCCUUUUUGCAAGAAACCAACGUCUCCUCCCGCAAAGCAAACCGCGCAGAAGCAGAGCGAGGUUGCAGUUCGUUGCUGCUUCUCGUGGGUGGGGGAGGAGGAGAGGGGAAAUGGGUGUGUGCAAAAGUCCGGCUCAGCGCAGGAUUGUGCCCAGGUGCUCACACAAAGCCGCUUACCCAAUACAGCUUAUUGAGAGAGUCAGCAAACUAAGGCAGUUUGGAGAGAGAAUUCAGCUCCCUCCGUCACCAAAACACACACACGCACACCACUUUUUCGACUAUUAAGAGCAAGCGCAGGCUUGGGUUUAGGAAAUGAGUUAUAGUUUAAAACCACCUGACGCGCCCCAGGUUGUGGGAGGUGGAAUAAAAUUGAUCCUACUGCAAACUGGAACGGGCUCUUCUUGCAAGUGCGCAGAGAGCAUCACGGGCUGCGGGUUUCCCGAAGAGGGUCGCAGCCAUUGACAGCCUUGAAUUUAUCCGAUUCUCCUUUUCAGUUUGGGGCAGGAAAUGCCACAGGGCACCCCCUUCCUUGCGCCUGCCUUCGGAUGGCCGGCGGCGUUUCUAAGUAUUCUCAAGAGGAAUAAAAACUUCUAAACUCGCGCCUUUACGCACGCUGUUCUUUCAAACUCUUCCAAGUCUCCCCCCUCCUUCAGGGAGUCGCUCCGGACUCUCGACAUUUCUAGACCUCCUCCAGGACCCUCCGCAAAGGGUUAGGGCCCCCUCUGGAAGCGCAGUGGCACGCAUUCCGCACAGCCAGCAGGCCGCCCACAAAUUCUUCCCUGGUGAGCCCAGGAAGGUGAGACAUUCAAGGGUUAACCGGGCAGCGCAGAGAAAGGAAAACAGGCUCUCGCUAUUUGCGUGGAGUGGGGGGGGGUCGGCUGUUGUUCACACAAAAAAGUUUGCCCGAAUUAGCUCUCCCCGCAAUGAGAGACCGCUUUGCAGAAAAUGACUGGCAAGUUAUUUAAAGCCCGUUGCCGAAAUAAGCAAGGAAAAAGCGAAACACUGUCAUUUCUGGAAAGGGGGCAGGAGGGCAGGGACAGGCCUGCAAAGUUGGCCAGGAGGAGGCGGAGGAAGAGGAGGAGAUGGCUGUUUGGAGAGCCUUGGAGGAAGCAGCCCCGCGGCUCCAGAUUCUGCAGAAAGCCGGGUUGCACAACCUCGUUGCAGAUGGAGAGCGGGCGCAGGAAGCGCGGCGGCAAUGAUACGCUCCGAUUGUUGUUGCAAAGGCUUCAGCCGUAUCCGGCUCUCGUCCCGACCACAGCGCACAGGUUCACCAGCAAGCCGAGAGCCCAAACCCCAAAUGGGCAGGCUGGGGGGUGGAGGGGGGCGGCGACUCAGAGACCGGGAGACUUGGGGGACACACACACACAUACACAAUCAUUUGCCCGCCCGCCUUCUUCAAAUGCCAUUGGCUUCAAUAUGUGUCCUCGACCUCUGGCAAGGUGGUCUCACCUCUCUGGGACAGAAUUGUAGAGUCGGAAAAGACCCCAUAGCAUCUAGUCCAACCCCCUGCAAUGCAGCUGCCCCAUAUAUGAGGAUCAAACCUGAAACCUUGGCGGGUUCUCAGCAAAACGCUCCAACCAACUGCUUUAGCCGAGAUUCCUGCGUUCUUCUUCUUCUUCGGCUAUGCUUCUUAGCUGAGUAAGGUUGUCUUCCAUGAACACGGUCUUAACAUUGAGUCCGUCAGUGACUCUGGAGGCCAAUUCUGGAUCCACACGUCCUUCCACAGUGGGGACAUUGGUUUCCGGGUGGGAGUUGAUCCCAGUGAGGGUUUGCCAAGCGUCCCUUCCUCUUAGCACGUUUCUCCCUUGCGUCCUGAGUUCGAGUGUCUUCAAAGUCCAUGACAACUUUGGUCAAGGCUGUUCUCCAACUGGAGCGCUCGCAGACCAGUGUUUCCCAGUUGUUGGUGUUUAUAUUACCUUUUUUUAAAGAUUUGCCUUGAGAGAGUCUUUGAACCUCUUCUGUUAACCAUCAGCAUUACGCUUUCCAUUUUUAAGUUCGGAAUAGAGGAGUUGCUUUGGAAGACGAUCAUCAGGCACCUGCCCAACAUUCCUGCAUUGUAGGGGGUUGGACUGGAUGACCCCUAGGGAUCCCUUCCAACUAUGUCAUUUGGUGAUUCCAUAAGCGCCCACGUAACUCAGCUGUUUACAACCCUAGGGGUUCCCCCAAUGGCUUCCUCCCUGCCCUCAUGGCUGCCCAAACCUCACCAUGAAUGUGUUUGGAAAACGCAGUAGGGGCCGCUGAUGUACAAUGGAGUCAAGUGGGGUGGUGGCAGCCCCCAAUGCUUCCCGCAAAGUUCCCACCAGCCUCUUUCCCCCAGAGCUUGUGUAGCUAGAGAUGGGGAACAGGGAGCUCCUCUGAAGCCAGCCUCCCCCCACUUGUGGGCAACUGGAAAAGAGCCAGGAAAGCCAGUGGGGCAGAGGUCAAGGGGUCUAGGUCACCCCCAGAGGAGGAGCAGGUGGGGGGGGAAGGUGUGUCUCUGCAUGGAGGACCCUCUUCCAUGCCCCCCUCCCCAUAACAGAGGAGGAGAGGAGAGACUUUGUCUGUAGCAACAGAGGAACCUGGAACUGCCGGGAGGAAGACCCCAAACAUAUGAGGGCAGAAACACAAGCAGGUCUGACUCACUCAGCUCCCCACCCCCCAAAAAAGAAGG